UCAUUACUAUCAAACAUAUUUGACAUAUUAAAAUCACAUUCAUUGUAUUUAAGCUAGUAUUUCUAAAUAUAAACUUAUUCAAGACGAAACACCAUGUCUGAGGCUGAAGAUAUCGGUUCUUGCGAUUUUGCAAAUUUUUCGGAGGUGGAUCCUGGGUUUGCUCCAGAACCAGAUCAAUUGGCACUUCUUUCUCCGAACCAUCCGCUCCUGGACAAAUUUCAAAAUUCACUGAGGGAUCUCCUUUUGCGUACUAAAGAUGAGCUUGAAUAUGAAAUCGCAGAAAUUAAAUACCAAGUAAAACUGAAAGAGCAAAGACGAGAAGAGGAAGGAUUGGCAUUAUAUGACAUGCAGCAGCAAAUGGGAAUUCAAGAGGAACAAAUAAGAGAAAUAUCAGUAGUAAUUGAAAAGCACUUGCAAAAUCGCCAAGGCGAAGAAUUUGUGUUAGCUCUUUAAAAGGGAAUAUGAAAAAAGACUUAAACUUACAAAAACUAAAAAAACUUUAUAUAAUGAACUAAUGGUAGAACUCGAAGAUUUGCAAAGUUUGAGUAGUAAUAUUAAAAAAUGGCUUAUGACGUAGAAGAUGAAAUAAAGAAUGCUAAACGUAUCGUUAGCAGAGAUGCGCAGUUGC